AGCUUAUCUCAGCAACACAUCUCAUACAAAAACUUCAACUAAAACCACACACAUUCCUCACAUAUCAAGACUUGCAUCACAAUGGAGAUAGUGACAAAGAUGGUUUCAGAGAGGCCAGUGGUGAUAUUCAGCAAGAGUUCAUGUUGCAUGAGUCAUACCAUAAAAACUCUUUUUUGUGACUUUGGUGUGAAUCCAGCAGUUUAUGAACUUGAUGAGAUAUCAAGAGGAAGAGAGAUUGAACAAGCACUUUCAAGACUUGGUUCUUCUCCAUCUGUUCCAACUGUUUUCAUCGGUGGUGAACUUGUUGGUGGAGCCAAUCAAGUCAUGAGUCUUCAUCUUAACCGCUCUUUGAUUCCAAUCCUUAAAAAAGCUGGAGCUCUUUGGGUUUAGUCUCAUCACUCAUCAGUCACUCAAUAAAGUAACCUGUUUGAUUUAUAUAUUUUGAUAUUAGAUAUAUAGAGAGAGGCAGAAUAUAGAUACGAUGAGUUUAACAUUAUAGGUUUUGGAUUCCCAUGCACUGCAUGGGGAAUCAAGCCUUCCGUUUAGCCUUCUUUUUAUUGGGUUAAAUGUAAUGUUUUUGAUGUAAUGUUAUCUUUUGAUGAAUACGAUAACUAAAUAAACUA